UCUGAGAGGGUCAUGUUCGAGAAACCGCCCAUUUGGGUUAUAGUUGUGGGCCUAAAUGUCUGCAUUUUGAUAUGGUUGAUCACAGUCCAGGAGCCGGUUAUGUAUGAUGCCUCUACAGCCAUUAUAACCAGUGGCAGCAUCAACAAUAAUAACAAUAACAGAAAUAAUUUACAACAACUAAAUGAUGUGGCUGCACCACCAGCAUUACAACAACGUGUGGGACGUAAUGAUCGUGAUAUAGCUCCACUGUUUUCCGGCAGACAUUUGUCAUUUAGUGAUGUGAAUGGCUCCAGUACGUUUCCAACUACCCUAAAUUGGAAUAUCAGCAGCAGUAGCAGUAGCAACAGCAAUAACAUUAGCCAAACAACUCGUUCUGAGGAAAUCGUACAGAGUACCACCACUGUUACUGACCUGCUAGCGAAUAUACAUUCAUUAACAUCUAGUCUGGGAACGGGAGUUCUCGAAACGAUACAAAGACCAACACCAUCAUGGAUAAAAAUGACUGCUGUUUCAUCAGCACUGCCGGAAGAAGACUUCAAUCAUUUGAUAGAUUUACAUGACUUCCAUUAUCUUGUGCCUCAACCGGUGUGCAGCUCGAAUGUGGAGGCCCUAAUACUGGUGCACUCGGCACCACGCAAUCAACCGAAACGGCAAAUAAUACGCGAAACAUGGGCUAGCAUUGGUCGUCAUAUGGUCGAUUCACCCAUCCGGGUGUUAUUUCUUUUGGGUGCUGUCGCGGAGGAUUCUCUACAGCAUGAGGUUAUGAAGGAGAACAGCGACUAUGCUGAUAUCAUUCAAGGUUCAUUCAUGGAUGAUUAUCGCAAUAUGACCUACAAACAUGUCAUGGCCUUUAAAUGGUUCCUUUACAAUUGUCCUGAUGCCCAGAUAUUAAUCAAAGUGGACGAUGAUGUCUAUGUAAAUACGCCGCAACUAAUUAAAUAUCUGAAGGCCGAACAGCAGAACGAAAAUAUGACGACCGCUGCCAAAAAUGCAGAGACGACAAAUGAGAUGUCGGAGGAACAAGAUGCAAACAAACCCACCAUCAUAACUCUUAAUGAUACAACCAAAAAGACAAAGUCCACCAAGAAAUCUCUUUACGAGUCAUUGAAAAAUUUCGCAAACUCAUUAACUCUCUCAUCAACGUCAUCAUCUUCCGAUUCAUCAGCAGAUAAUUUUACAGCCUCAACGAGGCUCUUUCAUCGACCACAAAAUUUACUGUUCUGCCAGAAGAUUACCGGUUCAUUGGUUAAACGUUCCUAUCGUUCCAAGUGGCGUGUCAGCUUCAAAGAAUAUUCAGAGCGUUAUUAUCCACCGUAUUGUCCCGGCUAUGCCAUCAUCUACUCGCCGGAUGUGGUCUUUCGCCUGUACAAUGCCGCUCAGAAUUUCAAAUAUUUUUGGAUUGAUGAUGUCCACAUAACCGGUGUUCUGGCCCAACAAACCAACACAACAAUAACCACCUCAUCACAUUAUGUUCUCUACAGUGACGAAUGUGAACGUCUAUUGACGGGCAAGACUGAUCUCCAAGAUACGGAAUUUCUGUUCGCUUGGCAUAGUAUAUCGGCUCAGCAAAUCAAAGCGAUUUGGCAUCUGCAAAUGAUGUCGCUCGCCUCACCCGACGAUCUGAUCUACAGGAGAAGUACGAAUCACAACAGCAACAACAGAAGAAAGAAAUCAAAACGACGCCAGGGCUCAAGCUUCAAGAAUGCCAGAUUAGCAUACAACAUCACUACCAACAACAAUUUACUAACAACAUCGGAUGGCUUCAGAUAG